AUGAUACUUGCUGCUGCGAGUAUCAAUAAUCCGGCGUACACGCCUCAGAGCUAUCAGGUCUUCCUUUUGACUGUCUUCAUCAUGAUCAUUCACGCUAUCUUGUCCUCUAUGCCGACAAAGUGGCUUGCGCAGUUCAACAGCGCUGGCUCGACAUUCAACUUCCUCGCCCUCAUCGUCGUCAUCAUUCUGAUCCCUGCUGGUACGAACCGCGCCGACCGCGAUCUCCCACGCUUCACUCCCUCCAGCGAAGUCUGGGGCACAAUCUACGAAGGCACCGCGUUCCCACCAGGAGUAGCGGUCCUGAUGAGUUUCAUCGGCGUCAUCUGGACCAUGAGUGGCUACGACAGCCCCUUCCACCUGGCUGAAGAAUGCUCAAACGCCAAUAUCGCGUCGCCGCGUGCUAUCGUGCUCACCUCUGCCACCGGCGGUAUAUUCGGCUGGUUCCUGCAACUCGUCGUCGCCUAUACUGUCGUGGACAUUGAGGCCGUGCUGGACUCUGAUCUCGGACAGCCGUUUGCUGCAUAUCUAAUGCAGUGCAUGACGCAGAAGAUGACACUGGCGAUUCUCUCGCUGACCAUCAUGGCGGGCUUCAGUAUGGGCCAGGGAUGCAUGAUUGCUGCGUCGCGGGUUACGUUUGCAUACGCACGCGAUGAUUGCUUCCCUCUAAGCAAAUACUGGAGGAGAGUCAAUAAGCACACCCAAACGCCUGCAAAUGCCGUAUGGUUCAACUGCGCGAUAGGCAUUCUACUCCUAUUCCUCAUCUUCGGAGGCGAUUUGGCUAUUGGCGCACUAUUCUCCAUUGGAGCGAUCGCGGCGUUUCCAAAGAAGCUGACAGCGCCCAGUGCAUUCACAAUCCCCAUCGUCAUCCGCGUCUUCUUCGUCGGCAACAGAUUCCGCCCCGGCCCCUGGCACCUGGGCAAAUUCUCCAUGCCCAUCGGUGUGAUUGCAUCGGCGUUUGUAGCGCUCAUGGUGCCCAUUCUAUGCUUGCCAAGCGUAGUAGGCGCAGAUUUGACCCCCGCCGACAUGAACUGGACCUGUCUCGUCUACGGAGGCCCCAUGCUCAUGGUGACAAUCUGGUGGUUUGUGUCUGCGCACAAGUGGUUCAAGGGCCCGAAAGUCAACAUUGAGCAUAGGAUGUUAGGGGAAGGCGAUGUUUUGGUGGGCCAGGAUGCUAAAGUGCAAAUUCGAGGCAGUUCUUCGGGGGAUGGACGAGGGUCAGUUAAGGCUAAAGACUGA